AUGGCGAGCACCUUGAUCCCGGCGCGGCCUAGUGAUUUGACAACGGAGUUUCUGCAGCAGAUUCUGCAGGCUUCGCACCCGUCACAUCGUGUGGUUGACUUCCAGUGGGAGCCCAUGAACCUCGGAGUCAUAGCGGAAGUGGUAAUCAUCAGAAUAGAGUUCGAGUCAACUACCGGUAGCGAUUGCAAGAAGGUGGAAAAGCGCUUCGUGGGAAAAUUCCUGAGACCGGAAUUCCCGUUUGAGUCCAUGUUCUCGGUGGAGUCCAAAUUUUACAACGAGUUUACAACCAAGGCAGGCGAUGCGGCCUUUAAGAAUUCGGCUGCAGCUAUGGGGUUCCCGUUCGCUAUCCCGACUGCGAUCUUCACAUCCAAUGUGCUCAUCGUAUUGGAGUGCGUGGAGUCGAUUAAGACCUUCACGUGUGUGGAUGGAAGUCCACCGGACCACAUCCCGAUGCUGGUGACAAAGCUCGCGCAGAUGCACGCUCGCUUCUGGAACCACGACUGCGACGGCCUCGCCACCCCAGCAGGGAUUGGUAGUCAACUAACCGGUGAAGAGAAGCGCUUAAGGUUUCCAGAUUGUUGGAAGGAUUUUUUGGAUGAUGUUGCGUUGGAAAGUAGCAAAAAGACGACAUUGACAGCUUUGUGUCAACGUCUGAGCCGAAAGCCCGAUCAGCUCAAACUGGUGCACGACAUGGUGGACAGCGGCCCGUCUUGUUUGAUUCACGGUGAUUUCCACAUUGCAAAUAUGCUUCUACCUACUGGUGGUACAGAAAACGAGGCUACGUGGCUUCUAGAUUGGGCGACGUGUGGAAAGGGUAACCCCCUGCGAGACCUCGCCUUCUUUUUUGUUGUCAGCGUCCAAGCAAACCAUCGCCGAGCACAAGAAGCACAAUGCCUGGAAAUCUACCACAAUGCGUUGACGACAGAGACGGAAACUGUGCGUCUGUCGUUGGACGAGCUGCGCCGACAGUACAACAUGUGCGUGCUCAACCAGUUCUUGAUCUUAGUUGUGUUCGACAGCCUCAGCAAGAGCCUCGCGGCGAAUGCAAAGACCGAGAAGCUCCGCGUGGAGCUGAACGAACAUUUCCGAGAGGUGAAUCGCCGCUCAUGUUUGAGUGUGUUGGAUAACCUUGGUGAGAAGGAUCUUCAACUUCUUGAAACCUGA